CCCCUUCUUGCCCUCCAGCUCCCUAUUUUCUCCUCCUUCGCAUUGCAUCCAUCGACACAUCCAUCCAGACAUCGAAACCACCACAACCGGAGGUGCAUUGUGUAUUGGGAGCGUCCACAGCCUGGUGCAUUUGCGUAAUCCUGCGAACAUCUGCAAUUCAAACAGGUACGUUCGCUCUGCUCGAUUCCAGUCAAUACCGCGUCUCGGUCUCCAUUUGAAAGCCCGCGACUCGCUCUCCCACCACGCAGACUCUCGCUCUCGCUCUCGCCGAACAUCAUUUGGCCACCAUUCAGACUUCACCAUUUUUCGCGGCAACGGGGCAUCGAGGAUUAUCUAUAGGAGAUUGAGUGGACUCGCUUCAUUGCACAUUGUCAAUCAAUGCUUCUGGUCUUCAAUCGUUCUUGCGAUGGUCGUUGAUGCUCUCACUGCUAGGCUAUUCUAGUGGCUUUCAGCUGCAGGGCGAUUUUUAUCCUCUGUCCACGAAAGUCAAAAACUGACAUCUUUUCUUGUUACAGACGCGCCCAAAACUUCGAUUUCACGCGAGCCAAACAUCUCAACCAUAAUCGUCGAAUCAUAAUCAGUCAAGAUGGGUUGCGGUAUGAGUACCGAGGACAAGGAGGGCAAGGCCCGGAACGAGGAAAUCGAGAAUCAACUGAAACGAGACAAGAUGUUGCAGCGCAACGAGAUCAAGAUGCUCCUCCUCGGUACGUUUGUCUUAUAGUAACAGUUCUUAUUGGGUUUUCCGAUUUUCUCAUCGGGGGUCGUCAUUGUGAAAGUCGGACGGGAACAGUGGUGGCCAUUACUCCCAGACACCGACCUGCUUUCUUUUCACCAGCACUCAACGAUGACUCCGUACGAGUGGUCGGGUGUCCACCAUGUUUAAGGACCCUUUCUCCCGUUUGCACACUUGGGUUUUACACAGAAUGUGCGGCGGCUAACUCUUUUUGAAAUAGGUGCUGGAGAAUCCGGAAAGUCCACUAUCAUCAAGCAAAUGAAGCUUAUCCACGAGGGUGGUUACUCACGCGAUGAGAGAGAAUCGUUCAAGGAAAUCAUUUUCAGCAACACGGUUCAGUCGAUGCGAGUCAUUCUGGAGGCCAUGGAGUCGCUUGAGCUUCCGUUGGAUGACCAAAGAGCCGAGUACCACGUUCAAACCAUCUUCAUGCAACCUGCUCAAAUUGAAGGCGAUAACCUCCCACCUGAGGUCGGUACUGCUAUUGCGGCUUUGUGGAAGGAUCAAGGUGUUCUGGACUGUUUCAAGCGAUCGAGAGAGUACCAAUUGAACGAUUCUGCACGAUAGUAAGACUGCAAUAUCCUUCGUUCUACCGUCCUUUUUGCUAAUGGUAUUUCUAGCUACUUUGACAACGUGGAGCGUAUUGCUCAACAUGACUACAUGCCAGAUGAUCAGGAUGUUUUGCGCUCGCGUGUCAAGACCACCGGUAUCACAGAGACAACUUUCAUCAUCGGCGACCUAACGUACCGUAUGUUCGAUGUUGGAGGACAACGUUCGGAACGAAAGAAGUGGAUUCAUUGCUUUGAAAAUGUCACAACCAUUCUCUUCCUGGUCGCCAUUUCCGAGUACGAUCAACUCCUUUUCGAGGACGAGACCGUCAACCGUAUGCAGGAGGCUCUUACAUUGUUCGACUCAAUUUGCAAUUCAAGAUGGUUCAUCAAGACCUCCAUCAUCCUUUUCUUGAACAAGAUCGAUCGUUUCAAGGAGAAGCUUCCAGUCAGCCCAAUGAAGAAUUACUUUCCGGAUUAUGAGGGGGGCGAUGACUACACACAAGCCUGCGAGUAUAUUUUGAACCGCUUCGUAAGCCUGAAUCAACACGAGUCCAAGCAAAUUUACACUCAUUUCACUUGCGCCACCGACACCACACAAAUUCGAUUCGUCAUGGCAGCCGUCAAUGGUAAGUAGUGAGAAGGCCCUUUUUCGGAAUCUCAUCUAAUUAUUUGCAGAUAUUAUCAUCCAAGACAACCUUCGUCUCUGCGGUCUCAUAUAAAUCAUUGGCAUUCACUUGCUACAUGCGCACAAGAAAUUUCCUUGUACUCGGAUACAUAGGCGUUCAUCUUACAAAACUCGGCGGUGCUUUAUUAUACCAACAGCAGGCAUGCACACCUGUGCCCAUCCCAUUUCGUUUUCGGAUCACCCAGUCGCUCAACAAACCAAUCCCGAACGAAAGUUCGGUUGAGACGGGGCGCUCUGAAUGUGUACAAAAUCACCUUGCCUGUUGAUCUGCUUCUCUGUUUUUAUUUUUCUGAUUUCCCUUUUUUUCUUCCUCCUGUACUGGAAGCGUUUCUGUUUCUACCGAUGGCAAGGCUCCUGUUUGAUGAGUCUAUGGGAGGUGUAUCUCAAUAUUACAUGGGAAUUGCCCAGUUGAUUCUCGUAUUCCUUUUUAAUAACAACGGCAAGCCUCUCUAUAGAGGGGCGUGGUGUUAUGAUGGUGGGUCGUGAAUUAUUUUACGGCCUUACUGGAUCUUGAUGUCGUGUAUGUGGUGAUGAGUAGUGGAGCGGUGGCAGUUUUUUACAACGCAAGG